UGAUGACUGAACAAUUUUUUUUAUCUUUUUUUUUGUUAAUUUUUUUCACAUUUUUUAGCAAAUCUUUUAAUAUUUCUAAGAUGGAAGUUGACACACCAGUAGAUCUUGAUGCUACUAUUCCAAGUGAAAUAGAGACACUUAUUGGUGAAGAUGAUUAUUUGACAUUAAAGAAAUUGGAGAAUAAAUUGGCACAUUUGGAUGUUAUGGAAUUUUAUCUCAAAAAGGAUAUGCGUAAUUUGGAGAAAGAAUUGGUUCAUGCACAGGAAGAGGUUAAACGUAUUCAAUCUGUUCCUUUAAUUAUUGGACAAUUUCUCGAAGCUGUUGAUUAUGAUCAUGCAAUUGUUAGCUCAACUACAGGUUCAAGUUAUUUUGUUCGAGUUCUUUCAAUUCUCGAUCGUGAAUUGUUAAAGCCUGGUUGUAGUGUUGCUUUGCAUAAAUAUAGCAAUGCUUUGGUUGAUGUUCUUCCACCAGAAUCUGAUUCUUCUAUUCAAAUGCUUCGUCCAGAUGAAAAACCUGACGUUUCUUAUUCGGAUAUUGGUGGAUUGGAUACUCAAAAGCAAGAAGUGCGAGAAGCUGUGGAACUGCCUCUCACCAAUCGUGAACUUUAUGAACAGAUUGGAAUUGACCCUCCUCGUGGAGUUCUCCUUUUUGGACCUCCAGGAUGUGGAAAAACAAUGCUUGCCAAAGCUGUAGCUCAUCAUACAAAAGCUUCGUUUAUUAAAGUCGUUGGAAGUGAAUUUGUUCAAAAAUAUUUGGGAGAAGGCCCUCGAAUGGUUCGGGAUGUUUUCCGUUUGGCAAAAGAAAAUAGUCCUUGCAUUAUUUUUAUUGAUGAAAUUGAUGCAAUUGCUACAAGACGUUUUGAUGCACAGACGGGGGCUGAUAGAGAAGUACAACGAAUUUUGUUGGAAUUAUUAAAUCAAAUGGAUGGAUUUGAUCAAAAUACAAAUGUUAAGGUUAUAAUGGCAACAAAUCGUCAAGACACCCUCGAUCCUGCAUUACUUCGUCCAGGCAGAUUGGAUAGAAAAAUUGAAUUUCCAAUGCCUGAUCGACGACAAAAACGUUUAGUUUUUUCAACUGUGACAGCCAAAAUGAAUUUAAGUGAUGAAAUUGAUCUUGAAGAUUUUGUUUCUCGUCCAGAUAAAAUUUCGUGUGCUGAAAUUGCUUCGAUUUGUCAAGAGGCGGGAAUGUAUGCUGUUAGAGAGAAUCGCUACAUGGUCCUUAGCAAAGAUUUUAACAAGGCAUAUAAACAAGUGGUUAAGAAGGAUAGUGAUACUUUUGACUUUUACAAAUAA